AUGAUAAAAGAUUGUAUAGAGUUUGCUAAGGGUUGCCAAGAAUGUCAAAUACAUGCAGGAAUUCAACAUGCUCCUGCAAGUGAGCUUCAUACAAUUAUUAAGCCUUGGCCUUUCAGAGGGUGGGCAUUAGAUCUAAUUGGGGAAAUUCGACCCAAUUCAUCCAAAGGUCAAAGAUUUGGAAUCCCAGAAAGUAUAACAAUAGAUCAAGGAUCAGUUUUUACUGGUCGAAAGAUGCAAGAGUUUGCAAAAGAGAUGGGUUUCAAAUUAUUAACAUCCACACCCUAUUAUGCUCAAGCCAAUGGGCAAGUCGAAGCAGCCAAUAAACUUACAUUUAGACAUGAUGCAGUAUUACCUGUCGAAAUCUACUUGCAAUCAGAGAGAAUCCAAAGACAAGUAGAAAUUUCAUCUGACUUAUACUGGGAAAUGAUGAUAAAUGAGCUGGUGGAUUUGGACGAAGAAAGGUUGCAUGCGUUAAAAGUAUUAAGAAGACAGAAGGAGAGGGUAGGAAGGGCAUACAAUAAGAGGGUCAAAGGUAAAACCUUCACUAUGAAUGAUUUAGUUUGGAAAGUUAUAUUACCUAUGGAUCGAAAGAAUAAAGCAUUAGGAAAAUGGUCUCCACAUUGGGAAGGACCUUUUCGAAUUUUAAAAGCCUUUUCAAACAAUGCAUACGAAAUAGAAGAAUUAACAGAGGAUCGAAGAAUCCUAAAAGUAAAUGGGAAAUACUUAAAGAAGUAUAAACCAUUUAUGCAUGAAGUUAAAAUCAUAACAACAUAG